GUAAAAGAUGCUAGUAGGAAGACAACUGUCCUGACAGAAUGAACAUGAUGCAAGUCAUGCAGAGUGUUGUAUGGGCAGUGCUACUCUGGCCCUGUCUGGUGUCCUUGGGUGUCCCUCUGGAGUGUAAGGACGAGCAGGGCAGCAUCAUACUAUGUGCCUCCAUCUCCAAGGAGAAACUACUGGACCGGGUCAUCCAACACGCCGAGCUCAUCUACCGUGUCUCUGAGGAGUCCUGCACUCUGUUUGAGGAGAUGUUUGUCCCUUUCCCUAUGCGCUCCCAGAGGAACCAGGCAGGAUACACAUGCGCCACCAAGGCCUUCCCCAUCCCGGGCUCCAAAAGCGAAAUCCAGCAGAUCUCGGACAAGUGGCUCCUCCACUCUGUCCUAAUUCUGGUCCAGUCCUGGAUUGAGCCAUUGGUGUACCUGCAAACCACCUUGGAUCGCUAUGAUGACGCCCCCGACACUCUACUCAAAAAGACCAAAUGGGUGUCAGAAAAACUCCUUAGCUUGGAGCAAGGAGUGGUGGUCCUCAUCAGGAAGAUGCUGGACGAUGACAUGCUGACCACCUCCUACUAUGAGCAGGGUGUGGCUCCUUACGCCCUGCAGCCUGAGGUGCUGGAGUCAGUUCUGAGGGACUACACUCUGCUCAGCUGCUUCAAGAAGGACGCCCACAAGAUGGAGACCUUCCUCAAGCUCCUCAAGUGUCGCCAGACUGACAAAUACAGCUGUUUCCUUCAUUAGAGAACAACUAUUCCCACCCCAUUCAAACCCUACUAUUAUAUGGAAUAAACAAGACACUACCCCCCAUCAUGAGACUAGCUUAAAAAAAAAAUCCUGCUCCCUGCUUCUGGUGGCCUCUUAUUUGCCUUAAACACAUAGUGAGGUCGACUGAUAUGACCACUGCCUUAGGGUGUCUUACCUCGUGCCUAGUUCAAUACAGUAUGUCAGCAACUGACUGUUUCCAAAAAAUGUCGUAAGUGUAAUUGUUUGCCACUUUUUUAGAAAAGCUGCAUUUUAUAUUUUCCUCUAUAUUUGUUUUACUUGGCUAGGCGUUGCAGGGCGAUCCCAAAGGAUGAUUUGCAUCUUGCUAUGUAAAAAAAAAGAGAAAGAAAAUUGCAUAUUUUCCCAUUGAUUUCAAUUUUCUUUGUUCUCAACUGGAGUUUGUAUUCCUCCCUGGUUCUACAUUGUUUUUAUUAUUUCUGUUGCCUCUUGUGUAUUCGGAGAGAUUCUGUUCUUCUAGUUGAGCUGGCUUCACCUCUGCAUUAGUAAAAUGAAACACACUUGGUAGGAGACGGGAGUCAAAGGAAGAGCAGACACUGCAGACAAAGAGAAGGUCUAGAGAUAUUCUGACAGGUAGAGAAGAUAUUUUUUUAAAAUAGUAUUGAAAGAGGAAUUGGACAGGAGAGUAAAAAAAUACAAAUGGUUUGUUGGACAGGAUAUGGAGUAGCAUUAUUUUUAAUUAUGCCCAUACCAGAUAGUGUUUAUCUCAAAUUUACACAGAGGUCAGAAUGAGGUGUUAAGUAAGGACUAUUUUUAGAUUGCAAAAUACCUUGAUGAUGCUUGUAACUUGCAAGACCAAAAUAGGAACAUGGACAAUCAAUGUGUCUUUGUUAAUUUAAAUGGAACAUUGCUGGAGGGUUAGCAUGAAACUGUUCCACUGGUCCUAUAGCAAUGCUUAGCAAAGAGUAGAGGUAUCCAUGUGCCAUAAACAAAAGAAAAGACAUAACCAUCAGUAACUGAAGAGCUGAAAGAAGGGAAUUUUCUCUGAUCUGAAAUAUUGGCUUUCUGAGAAUGCAUUUGGUCAAAGAUAUGGUUCAAUUAACCUUCUUAGCUAUGACAGAGAAGUUAAAGGAAGUAUCUUGGGAAGGAUGAUGAAAUGGAAGAAA